AUGGAGGCGAGGGGCGCGCGCGUGGCCCUGUGCGGCGUCACGCUGCUCUGCGCCAUGGGCCUGGGCCAGCGCCCCGCCGGGGGUCUGAGCUGCGGCCCCGACCGCCUUCUGCGUGGAAUCGGGACGGACGCGCGCUGCUGUCGCCUGUGCGCCCCGGCUGAGACUUGUCCUGAGGGGGACUGCACGUGUGUUGAGCCAGGUUACCACUGUGGAGACCCCCAGUGCAAGACCUGCAAGCACCACACUUGCCCGCCGGGCCAGGAGGUGCGGCCUCAUGGGAAUUUCAAUUUCGGCUUUGAGUGUGUCGACUGUGCCACAGGGACCUUCUCUGGAGGCCAGGAGGGUCGCUGCAAACCCUGGUCAGACUGCUCCCAGUUUGGGUACCCCACCAUGUUCCCCGGGAACAAGACACACAAUGCCGUAUGUAGCCUGGGGCUGCCGCCCGCUGAGCCACACGGCCCGCUGACCAUCAUCCUCCUCACCGUGGCCGCCUGCAUCCUGGUCCUGAGCGCAGCCCAGCUUGGCCUACACAUCUGGCAGCUGAGGAGGCAACCCGUGUGGCCCCCAGAGACCCAGCUGCCCCUGGAGGCACGGCCGCCAGCCGAGGAUGCCUGCAGCUGCCAGUUCCCCGAGGAGGAGCGGGGCGAGCAGCUGCUGGAGGACAAGGGCCAGCUGAGGGACCUGUGGGUGUGA